AUGGCGAAGAUUCACCGGGAGGGAGUCACACUGCUCUCCGAGAGCGAAGACGCUAGUGGGGACCAGCGCGAUCUGAACGUCAUCUUCAUCCAUGGCCUCAAAGGGCACCCACGCGAGACAUGCAAAGACACCGAUCCGCGCACCGACAAGCACAGGAACAUCAAGACCUACCUCGGGCUGCAGAAGAACAAGAAAGAGACGGACGACAAGACGCAGACAAGAAGUUUUUCACCGUCAGAUAUCUUCUGGCCAGAAGAGUAUCUCGUGCCGGACCUUCCCCAGGCUCGAAUAUGGACGUACGGGUACAAUGCGGAUGUCAUUGGAGGGCUUUUCCAGGCAAACAACCAGAACAGCAUUUCACAGCAUGGUCGGGACUUCGCUGUUAGGUUGGAGAGGGAUAUUGACAAUGAGGAUCCGAUUGUGUUUGUAGCGCAUAGUCUUGGUGGAAUCAUCACGAAAGACAUCGGAGACAAUCUGCAAACGGACAAGGCUGAUUGUCUUUCUUGGGACACCACAUCGAGGAAGCAUAUACUUGAAGUUAAUGAUGAGGUUUUGGACAAUAUUCAGGAUGAAUUCAAGACUAUACUUAGCAAUUGCGCUAUCAAAGUGCACUCGUUUCAAGAGGCAAAGGGGAUUUCUGGCAUGAAAGGUCUGGACAGCAAGGUAGUAGAUAACUUCUCCUCAAAGCUUGAUCUCGCUAGGGAACAAGAAACGGUGGAGACCAUCGACGUGAAUCAUAUGGAAAUGGCUAGAUGUGGCAGCAGAGACGAUGUGUGUUACCGCCAGAUCUGUGGAGUUCUAAAGCAGUUCAUAAGGGAAACGAAUUCGGCCAAUAACAACUCACUCGCCAAACAAUUCAUAGUUCCCUUCCCACAAGACAAACACUUUGUUGGUCGAGAAGAUAUUCUAGGUCAACUAGACUUAGGAGGCGAGCAGGAGGAGCCAAAAAAGCACCAGAGACAUGCACUAGUAGGUCUUGGGGGAGUUGGGAAAUCUCAAAUCGCUAUCGAGUAUGCAUACCGAGCACGGAAGUGCCAACCGCAAAUAUCGGUGUUCUGGAUCCAGGCAAGCACCAAAACCCGGUUCGAACAAGCAUACAAAGAGAUGGCGGAGAGGCUUGAGAUUCCAGGGCGAGACAAUCCGAAGGCCAAUGUGCUACAACUGGUAUACAAUUGGCUGUCAGAUGAAGCUAACGGACAAUGGCAUAUGAUACUAGACAAUGUUGAUGACGGAACCAACGACCUUGUCAACACGUUUGGAAAGCUUGUAUUAGUAGAGCCAAUGAAAGAGAAGGACUCGGUUGACUUGCUCAAGACGAAGAUUCCGGUAGACAAGUGUUCAGAAGCCGACUUAAAGGAGCUGGCUCAGGCACUUGAAGGAAUUCCACUGGCGAUUACGCACGCGGCAGCAUACAUACGGUCAAGACCGCGGGUUACCGUAUCUAUGUACCUCAGUCUGUUCCGGGAGAGCGAGGCUAACCAGGCUACUCUAUUAAAUAAUAACGAGACAAAAGACCUUCGGCGCGAUCACAGUAUCAGGCACGCGGUAAUUACAACGUGGCAGAUUACGUUCGAGCAGAUCCGGAAGACAAGCCCCGAAGCUGCAGAGCUACUUUCGCUCAUGGCUAUGUUUGAGAGACAGGGGAUUCCAGAGUCUGUUCUGUACGAUGGCAGAGGUAGGCUGCAGUUUGAGGAUGCAGUGGCGCUAUUGACAAGCUUCUCUCUAAUUAAGGCUCAGAGUACGAAGCAGCCAGAGCAGCAGGUCGGGGAGUAUAUAUUUCAGAUGCAUGAGUUGGUGCAGCUUGCGACGAAGAAGUGGCUAGAAGUACAGAUGCAGGUGGGCAGAUGGCAGAAGGCGUCGCUACAUAUUAUGGCUGCUGCUUUUCCAAGCGGGCAGCAUGAGACAUGGGCGGCUUGUCGAGUGCUCCUUCCGCACGCGCGAAAGGUGCUUGGCUACGUUCUAGAAGAGACAGAGGCAACACUAGAUCGAGUGAGGAUUGCAGAUAACACAGUACGGUAUCUUCUCCUCACAGGGGAGUAUGCAGCAGCGGAGCAGAUAGGGCGGACUGCAGUAGUUGGGAGGGAGGGGGUGCUUGGAGUAGAGCACCCCGACACGCUCAUUAGCGUCAGCCAGCUUGGAUUGGUUCUGUCGAGGCAGGGCAAGUACAAAGAGGCAGAAGCAAUGCACCAGCGAGCUCUACAAGGAAUGGAGAAAGUUCUUGGAGUAGAGCACCCAGACACGCUCAGUGGCGUUAGCCAGCUUGGGUUAGUGUUAGAGAGACAGGGCAAGUACAAAGAGGCGGAAGCGAUGGAGCGGCGAGCUCUAGGAGGAAGGGAGAAGGUUCUUGGAGUCGAACACCCAGACACGCUUAGUGGCGUUAGCAACCUUGGAUCGGUUCUGUCAAGGCAGGGCAAGUACGAAGAGGCGGAAGCAAUGGAGCGGCGAGCUCUAGGAGGAAGGGAGAAGGUGCUUGGAGUAGAACACCCAGACACGCUCAUUAGCGUCAGCCAGCUUGGAUUGGUUCUGUCAAGGCAGGGCAAGUACGAAGAGGCAGAAGCAAUGCACCAGCGAGCUCUACAAGGAAUGGAGAAAAUUCUUGGAGAAGAGCACCCAGACACGCUCAGUAGCGUUAGCAACCUUGGGUCAGUGUUAUCAAGGCAGGGCAAGUACGAAGAGGCUGAAGCGAUGCACUGGCGAGCUCUGCAAGGAAUGGAAAAAAUGCUUGGAGUAGAGCACCCAGACACGCUCAAUGGCGUUAGUAACCUUGGGUCGGCGUUAGAGGGGCAGGGCAAGUACAAGGAGGCCGAAGCGAUGCACCAGCGAGCUCUUCAAGGAAUGGAGAAAAUGCUUGGAGUAGAGCACCCAGAUACGCUGAGCAGUAUGGCCAACCUAGCAUCGAUGUAUUGCGAACAAAGCCGAUGGGACGAAGCCGAAGAGCUACAGGUGCAAGUGAUAGUGACGAGAAAGAGGGUCCUUGGUACGGAGCAUCAGGACACGUUGAGUAGCAUUGUCAACCUGGCGUCGACCUAUAGAAAUCAAGGCCGAUGGAAGGAAGCGGAAGAGCUAGAGAUGCAAGUGAUUGAUAUGAGUUCGAGUGUUGCGUCUGAUGAUGAAGAUAUCCGAUCAACGGUCGAGACUGAGUCAGCCUUAUCACCGCUGCGCGUGGCAGCGGCGUGGCUCAUCGCCAAGCGCUUCUCUGAGGACCAAGAGCUAUUUACUCUGUAUCGACUGGCUUUGAAAAGGCUCGGUGUGACAAAGUUCAUUCGAAACAAUAGGCGUUUACUGAAGUCCUACUAUUUGUGUCUCAAAGCUGAAGCCCAGACAACUCCAGAAGACAAACUAGUGGUAAGUUUCUUGCGGCUUCGGGCCACAAGAACGCAGAUUUCAAGCUACAUAUACCGCAUUCUCAUGCCUGAGACCUUCGAGCUCGAAGAGAAGGCACCUUCUACUGACGAAAUGGAAUAUUCAAUAAAUCGCUAUCUGCAGUCCACUGAGACAAAUAGUGAGCUUAUGGUGGAAGAUCCGCUGAGGAAUGAUGAUUUUGAAAGAGAUCCAAGUAGCGAUGAGGAUGGAGUUGAAGAUGGAGACGAUGAUGGAGACGAUAUCAGCGUCGACAGCGCUGUGCACGAUGUCACUCAUGCACACCUGCGGAAAGCUGCGCAAAUUUUAACUACAGGACAGCCAUUCAAUUCCUACAGAAACAACCUCCACACCUUCGUGUUCUCGAAAGUCAUCCUAGGUCCCAUUCAAACCCAUACCGAGGUACAAGAAUCUCCAGGUAGCCAAAAGAACCAGGGCCAGGAUAGCCAAGGGAUUCAAAACGUUGAUGACCACCAGGGUGACCCUACAACCACUCUUGUCUCUGGAAACAAUCCAGCAGACCAUAUUUCUUGGAAUGACUCGGAGACCCUUUUUUCUCGGUCACGAAUUACCCCUAUCAAAGGUCUACACAAGGAGCCUUACCAUUUUGGGACUGCACUUGUGGUUGUAGCUUUUCAGAGGAUUAUCCCGCAUCUCGACUUACUGCAGCAACAUUUUCAACUCCAGCUGAUACAAGCUGGGUAUCAAGCGCGGAUACUCGUGUGGUCUCUUGAAGUUGUGAAUGCACCAGUCACUCUGCAUGCAUUGAAUGACGACAAAGAGCAACAUAUAGAGCUUCCCAAGACGCCAUCUCCCUUACAACCCCAUCAACACAUUGUAAGCUCUACGACGAUAACACCAGAUCUGCAAUCUAGUGCUUCAGGACAGACAGCUCAGGACCCACAUUCUGAAAUUCAUCCAAGGACAGAGAUUGAUCAUGAGCAGACCUUAGGCAAGGUAGAGGAAUCUCAGUCACGAUCUAUCAUGUCACCUAGCGAUCAAUGGCUGCUUCUGUGUUUCUAUCACAACAACCACGUCAGCAAAGCAGUGCAUAUGGAGGUCGGAGAAGAUCCGUAUGACGAUGAGCUCCUCCUAUCCUUUAAGAAAGAGUACAUUGCAGCUAGAGGGUGGGCCACCUACUUUUUGUCGUGGACAGCAGUUACGGAUAUACGAUUCGUUCGGAAGUUCUUGCUCAUUAGAGAGGACAACUCUAGCUUCGAUUAUGAUGUCGAGGACGACUUGGAUGUAGGUAGAGCACAAAGUGACCUUGUUGAUCUUGCGCUCCUUCAAGAAGAAUGGGGCCCUCCAGCAGAGUGGAGCGAGAGGCAUGCGUGGGCUCCCUGUCCGGCGGAUCCACAACCGCGACCACAGGGGAAAUGGAUAAUGCAUCUAUGGGACAAACCACAUAGCUCGUCGACUUGGCUGGCGAGUAAGCGACUGCAACGGCUCUGUAAAAGCAAGGUCAAACUUCUCUGGACUGCUUUCAACUGGAAAGGAAAAAUUAAACGGCUCUGGAUUAAUUUUAGAUUAUUCCGUGGGAUUUCCGUUUUGGCUUCGGUGCCGAAUAGUCGAGAUGACAUCGAAUUGCAGGAUGUGGUAGUUGAGAUACCUCCGCUGCCUUCCAUACAGGCCCGAGCCAGGCAACAACGUACCAACAGCCCAGAGAAGGGACGGUUUUUCGUCAACAAUACGCCAAAGAGACUUGAGCAACGACUUAAAGCGGAUCCUACCACGCCGCCUUAUGGAUGGGGUCUCUUUUUUGAAGAAAACUUGGUGGUCCCGUGGCUGGGCGGCCAGUGCAAAGACAUCGAGAUGGGGCAAAAGUCCAAAUGCAUUCGACCAAUAUAUUCCUACAGCACCUUUGUCGGACUGGACACAUUUUCGGGGUAUUUUUGGAGUCUGAUCAUGCUGGAGAAGGAUAUGGAGGCCGAGACGAUCCACCAGGGCGAGCGUUAA